UAUAUAUGAAAGUAUCAAGUAAGGCCGCCAGUAUCGUGAAACAGCAGAAAAUAACCCUGAACGCUGGAAGCAGCAGACUUGCCGUCAGUCGUGUUGUGCGUCUCACAGUGAUAACUAGUGACAUCAAACAUGGUUCUGGACACAGAAGAUUGGGCUGAUGAGCUCCCACCAGAACAGAUUGCCGUGCUGCGCAAGGCUUUCGAUGGCUUCGAUCACAACCGCUCAGGCAGCAUCCCCUGCGACUUCGUCGCCGACAUCCUCAGAAUGAUGGGGCAGCCCUUUAACAAGAAGAUCUUGGAGGAGCUCAUUGAAGAAGUCGAUGCUGAUAAGUCUGGUCGUCUGGAGUUCGGAGAGUUCGUAACCCUUGCCGCCAAGUUCAUCGUGGAGGAAGAUGCUGAGGCUAUGCAAAAAGAACUUAGGGAAGCUUUUAGAUUAUAUGACAAAGAAGGCAACGGUUACAUUCCCACGUCGAGCUUGCGCGAGAUCCUGCGCGAGCUGGACGAGCAACUCACCGAUGAAGAGCUCGACGGGCUCAUCCAAGAGAUCGACACCGACGGCAGCGGCACCGUAGACUUCGAUGAAUUCAUGGAAAUGAUGACAGGAGAAUAAGCGUUUACUUCUAUUUUCUUCUAUUUAUACGGUCUAAUUUAAGGAAUCUCUACACUUCGGUACUUCAACCUUUCGAGUCUUGGGAACAUUGGACGAUUCAUUCUAACAUUCAGAGAUGAAUGUUUAGGUACAUCAAUUUCAUCCAUAACAUAAAGUAUUAUGUAUGUAUUGUACAAAAUAAUAUUUGUUCUUGUUUAAUUGAUGUGUGUGACUGCGUAAUGUUUAUACCUACUUAUUAAUAAAUCUUUUAUUCUACUA